AUGUGGAAUGUAUUCAACUUCAAUAAUUUGGACGACAAGCUGAAGAACAACAAAAAUGAGAAGGAGGUUUAUACGCACGAGGACUUGAGGUACUACUUCGAAAAGCUGGUGAAGAUAAACCUGAACAAUGUCAACAUAAACAACUUCAUCGAGCUGUUGCGGAAAAUCACGCAGAUAACAAUUUGGGGCGACAAAUAUGAUGACCAGAUAUUUCAGUACUUCUGCGAAGACAACAUCUUCAACCACUUCAUAUACCUGCUGAGGCAAAACAUUAACAAAAAUAUAAGGAUACAAAUAUACCAGUCGCUCACCCUCCUGAUACAAAACCUGCAAAAGGAUAUUUCUCUGUAUUACAUCUUCAGCAACAACAAAAUCAACAACCUAAUUUACACGACGUUCAUAUAUCAAGACGAUGAGAUUAUGCCCUACUACAUCUCCAUGAUAAAGUCCAUUUCGUUUUUCCUUAACUAUCACACGUCCAAGUUCUUCUUUAACGAGAAGAGUAUGAAAUUUCCUCUCUACACCGAGUCGCUGAGGUUGUACAAGUUUAACGACAUCAUCACGCGAACCUACGUUAAAAAUAUUAUAUUGAACAUUUUGAAGAUCGAAGACGAGGGGAUUGAAAACCUUAUCCUCCUGCGGUCGGCAUUCUUCACCAUCCUGGUUUGCUAUCUGCGCAAUCACAUCAUAAGGAUGAAUAAAAUUUACACAAAAAUAAAAGAGUCGGAAAAAUUGAAAAAAAUGUUUAAUACUUACCUGGACGAAGUGGAUGACGUGUUGUACUUUUUCGAGGACAUGCUGAACUGUGAGAAGAAAAGGAUAAAUGACAUGCUGAUGGUUAAGCUGUUGAUUUAUUUUUUCUUUCCUAUGAUUGGCUCCUUUCACAGCUCUAUAUACUUCGACUCUGUGAGUGCGUAUGGGAAAGGCGGCAUCUGCGAAGGCGACUCGGGGGGGGGAAACGAGAGCGGAAGCGGUAACGAUGACGGAAGUGGUAACAGUAAUGGGGGUGACUUCCAAGGGACAGCCAUCCAAGAGGAAGGGUUCUUCCGCAAGGAAGGCCAAGAAGCAAACUGUAGUACCCCCGUGAAGUACAACAGCAUAGACUAUGUCUAUUUCUCCAAUCAGAAGAGCCGCGAGGAGAAGGCUGCUUCAGCUGGGAGAGAAGACACACGGGGGGGGGACGUUCCCGCAGAUAGUGAGGCGAAUGAAGAGGAAGUCCCCACAGAUGACCUUUCGAAAGAGGAAGAAGUUCCCCUCGCUGAUCAUCCAAGAGAAAACAGACCCUGCGAGGGGGAGGAGGCGGAGCACCCAGAGAAGGCAGAGAUGCCAGAGAAGGCAGAGAUGCCAGAGAAGGCAGAGAAGCUGAACGAAGGUGACCCCCCCCAGGAAGUCAUAGAAAGCAUAAAGGGUACUAACCGUGUGCCAUUUAUAAAGCUAUUCGAUAACAAUUUAAAAAAGGCAAAGAAUUUCGACUUUUGCAAAAGUUUGUCUUCCUCCAAUACGUCCUCCAUGAACUCAAAUGUGAGCAACGUCGAAAUGGAGAAGGAGUUGCCAACCAAGGAGGAGUUGCCAACCAAGGAGGAGUCGCCAACGAAGGAGGAGUUGCCAACCAAGGAGGAAUCGACAACCCAGGUUGAAGUGCCAACCCAGGAGGAGGCGCCAACCAGCACGAAGAAAAGCGCCAAGAGGGGAGACAACACCUACGAGUUCCUAUACUUCAGAGGAAGGAGAAGCUCCAAUAAGGAAAGGGCGGCAGAAGAUAAGCCCCCCGAGGGGGGAAAGGAAGAGAAAGAAGAGAAAGAGGAGAAGGACCUGGACAGUGAGGGGCAUGCACAGGGAGAAGUGCAAAAGGAUGGUGAGAAAAAGGACGGGAAGUUCAUCAAGGAAAAUGAGCUAAAAGACAGCUACUUCAGAAAAAGAAAGAAGAAGAAAAUUUUCAUCCAGAUGACCUCGAUGAACGGGGUUCUUCACAAGAAAAAAAGACGGGGCAAUACUUCCAGUUGCGGGAUUGGGGGUGGGAAUACCUGCACGGGCGGAGAGGAAGAGUUAGACGAAGCGCAGCUGCUGAUGCAGGGCGGUGCCUUCUGGGAACAAGUCCAGAGGCAUAACUUGACUCACCUGUGCCACGUGGAAAUCCCGACUCUACAAAAGAGAAUCACCUUCGACGAUAAUGUUAGCAGCAACCUGUACAAUUACAUCUUCAAUUUUAACUCCUUCACAAAGAAGGUCCUCCAGCAUUAUGAAAACAAAAUGAGCAUCACAGAUGUGUAUUAUAAUAUCUUCAAACUGGGUCUCCUCUUUCACCCUCUCUGUUACGUUAACUCUUUUAAGAACUUCUCCAUCCUGUAUAACUACCUAAUCAACACCACCUUAUCUCUCUUUAUUCUGAUACGAUCACUGAGUAUAUUGAAAAACGAGAAAUUGAAUAAAAUCGUUUACUCUCUCAUUUUUGGCGAAUACAUUAACGUGCAAUUUUUACACAAGAUUUUAUCCAAUGAUCUGAAGGAUCCCUACUUUUACAGCUACUUCUUUGAUCCGCAUAAGAAAGUCAAUAUCAGUGAGAAUCCCACUGACGAUGUGGAAUUUGAAGAUGUGUAUUGCUCCUCUAUUGAUUAUUUACUGCCUGAGUAUAACAAGAAGGAGGAGAUGGCUUACCUGGAUUUGGUAAACCGUUACUAUAUGGCGGAGGGGAAGCCUUCCAAGGGGGGUGGAGUGGCCUCGGACGGAGUUGAAGCGGCUUCGGACGACGCUGAAGCGACCUCUGAGCAGCGGUCAAUGGGUUGCAUUCCGGGCGGACGGGAUGAAGGCACCCCCGCUAUGGAAAGCUCCAAUCCGAUCGUCAGCACAGCAGCCCCCGAGGCGAUGAUGAAGUACGACGAGCUGAGCAACCCCAUGCUGCUAAACUUCCUGCUGCUGACGAACAUGCAGAAGGAAAAAAAUAUAAAAAAAUGCGAAAAGGACAACAUGAAGAAUAAAAUAUCAGACGUGUACCUCCUCCUAAGCAUCCAGUUCGUUUCAAAUUUUGUGAAAUCGUACCAUGGAAAAAUCAGCGAUAUGGUCAUCCCAUUUUUUAAGAUAUCUCAUCACAAUUUUGUCUACGUCUUUUGGAGCAUCAUAAAUGUCCACAUAAAUAAUCUGUACCUUCGAAUUAUAACGUUGAAGCUGCUAAUCAAUUUGACAUUGGUCUAUAUUGAGAUGAUAGAGGACGAGCGUGUGUGCGUCGAUUUCGCGUCCCCGCUGCUGGGACUUAUUCGGAAGAUCAAGAAAAAGCUAGCCAACAAAAUCAAGAGCAUCAUUGGGAAGAUGGAGUACAAAGUGUGCCAGAUCUUUUGGGAGGAAAGGAAAAUAUACGAGAACUGCUUUCAGGAGAAGAUUAACAUUUGCCGUGACUCCGUCCUCAUAAACAUCGUGAAUGACGUGGAUGAGUCCGGCGACAACAACUUCCUGUGCUACCCCGUUUCGCAGAUUGAAAUAUAUCGAAGGAAUGUGCAUGCCCUGUUCGUCCUAGACGGAGUGUCUAGCAAACUGCAGAGAAUUCUUUCCUUCGCGAAAAGCGAACAGGAUCAUACCAUUCCCUUCGAUUUUAACUACAACGACAUGUCGGCGCUGAUCGACAUAAAGAACAAGAACACCAUCAAGUGCUACCUGAAGAAUAGCAACAAAAUUUUCAACUGCUACUACAUCGAGGACAGCACGAACUUCCUGCUGUGCAUCCCUUCGAACAGUCACGUGAAUCAAGCACUCAUCAUCUUCAGCUACCCACUGAUGCUAAUCGAUCUAUACAUUGAUAAAAACGACAACAAGAAGUUAAUAAUCCAUAUUUACAGUUACAACAAUGAGGAGCAGAACAACGUGGAGGAUUCCUCUGGAGCGAAUUUUAACAGCUCGGAAAAGAUAUUUCACAACACCAGUCUGGAUAGUAACCACAUGAACACCACGGUCCGGUGCUACAGCUCCAACAAUGAAGACGGCAUUCUGGAGGAGACUCCAAAGGUGCACAAGAAUGACUACAUCCUGAAUAAGUACAGCUCUGCCUAUAAGAAGAACAGGACCAUAACCAAUGUGAAGAAGGAAUGGUGUCACAAGGAACUUAACUUCAUGAAGAACAUCCUGAAGCUGAACUUUUAUGACACCACAAGAGCGCUCAUUGUUUAUAAGGAACUCAAAUCAGGGAUACAAAACAUAAACGAUAAGUAUAAGAAGAAUCUGGAGGAGUACCUCAACACGUUUUAG